AUGCGUUACCUUCGAUUUCAGCAGACAGCCAGGUUACUUGGAACAGCCACCAGAACACACUCUCGUCGUGUUUUUCUCACGGUACGUAUUAUCGAAUCCGUAAAAGGACACCUUGGGAUCUCACCUUCCUCCUCCUCACAGGCAAACAAAACACCCACCUCUUCUGUAUGGAGCAUACCACGAUCCACUUCUCACCAUGCCUCGCCCCGGUUUUUACCCACCACGCGCGCCUUUCAUACCUCGGUGGCUGACCAAGCCAUCAAACCAUUCCUUUUAGCGGAUAUCGGUGAAGGUAUUACAGAAUGCGAAGUGAUUCAAUGGUUUGUCGAGCCAGGAGCCACUGUUGCAGAAUUCGACAAGAUUUGUGAAGUUCAAUCGGAUAAGGCGUCUGUAGAGAUCACAUCACGCUUCGCUGGCCGUAUCGUGAAACUUCAUCAUCAAGUGAAUGAUAUCGCCAAAGUAGGAGAGCCAUUAGUGGAUGUGGAGACCGAUGAGGAAAUCGACGAUGGCGGAGUUUCUGCACCCAAAGCGCAAGAACUUGUCACCGAGAAACCGGCAUCUCCAGCAGCAGCAGCGUCAGAGACCGUGAAGGACAAGUCAAUCUCGUCUCGAGCUGGAUCAUCAGGUACUUUGGCUACCCCGGCGGUUCGUGGUCUCGCCAAGGAACAUAAUGUGGACAUUAGCCAAAUCACCGGAUCGGGUGACAAUGGACGUGUGCUGAAAGACGACGUCCUCAAUUUCAUUUCAGGAAAACAAGGUCAACCGCAAGCCAGUGCCGAAUCCGUAUUGAAUGUGGCUGGGGCAAACGAUCGUGUAGAAACGCUCAAUGGUAUCCAAAAGGCCAUGUUCAAAUCCAUGACCAAGUCAUUGUCGAUCCCUCAGCUCGGCUACAAGGACGAGAUCGAAUUGAACGCUACUACCGAUUACCGUGCCGCGUUGAACCGCCAUGUGGCCAGCCACCCUCAAAUGUAUCCAUUCACAAAGAUGACUUACUUGCCCAUCUUCAUCAAGUGCUUGUCCAUCGCAUUAUCCCACUACCCCAUUAUGAAUGCCACGUUGACCGGCAGCAUUGAAGAUAUCAACAACAUGAAGGUCACGUAUCGGGCUUCGCAUAACGUCGGAGUCGCUAUGGAUACCCCACAAGGAUUGAUUGUACCUAAUGUGAAGGAUGUGCAAUCAAAAACCAUUUUUGAAAUCGCUUCGGAAAUCCAUCGAUUAACCGAGCUGGCAAAGAAGGGGAGCUUAUCCACCGAGGAUCUUCGCGGUGGUACGAUUUCACUAAGCAAUAUCGGUAGCAUUGGUGGAUUGUAUGCAAACCCCGUGGUGGUUUCAUCAGAAUUGGCCAUUGUCGCGUUGGGAAGAAUCCAAAAAUUGCCUCGCUUUGACGCCUCGGGCAACAUUGUCGCCAAACAGAUUUUGCCCGUUAGCUGGUCAGCCGAUCACCGUGUCAUUGAUGGCGCCACCAUUGCCCGCUUCGGUAAUCACUGGAAGAACUUGAUCGAGAACCCCGCUCUGCUUGCGAGCGAAUUACGCUAA